AUGUUGAAGGCAGUUGCAAUGGCCAUGCCUACGUACGUUAUGUCCUGUUUUAAGCUGCCUAGAUCACUCUACAAAGACAUUAGCACCAUGAUGUCCAAUUUCUGGUGGGGUGGAUCUGAGGGAAGGAACAAAAUGCACUGGAUCUCUUGGGACAAAAUGGCAGUACACAAGAACAUAGGCGGCCUUGGGUUUAAGGAUCUGGAAGCCUUCAACAAAGCACGUCUGGGUAAGCAGUUAUGGAGGAUAUUAACCAGCCCAAAUCUUCUGGUCAGUAAGGUUUUAAAAUCCAAGUAUUUCCCUCAGGAAUCCAUACUACAAUGCACCCUCCCUAAAAAUGCAUCAUGGAUUUGGCAAGGAUUACUGGGAGCAAGGAGCUUAAUAGAGGAAGGACUGAUUAGGAGGAUUGAAAAUGGUAGGAACACGAAAAUCUGGGACCAUAAAUGGUUACCAGAAACACCCACGGGGAAGCUUUCAACAUGCAGAACAAGUAACUGUGAGCUAAAGAUGGUUGAUGAGCUAAUCUGCCAGCAGAGAUGGAACAUGAAUGUUAUCUUCAGAAAUUUCAACAAAGAAGAUGCUGAGUAG